AUGGACGUGCAAACCAUGGAUGAUGCAAAAAAAGAUAGUAUGCAAAGGGCCGCUGCCUGGAGGUCGCCAGGGCGCGUCUGGAGCUGGCGCUGGACGCGACAGCGUGCGACAGUAUGGGUGCCACCAUCUAGCAGCCCCCUGCAUCCAUCAUCCCCACCAGAAGGCUUGGUGUCGGCUGGGUCUUCUCGGACUCAGCAAUCGGCACCCGCCGCUGGUGGAGCACGUCGCAUGCGUUGGUCACAAUUAAUGAACGUAAACGCACUGCGGGCGUACUUUAGUACAGAAGGGGAAGAAACUGGAUGUUUGGCGUAUCGGGCUCGGAUGCAUCGCUUUUUUGCAGAGCUGGAGCCAUCUCUAUCCGUCACUGAGCAUAACCUGGCAGACCGAGUUCGGUACAUCCUGCGCUCCAAUAUAUUUGGUGACGCCGAACUCGAACAACUACGACGUGAGGCUGUUCUCUCAUCGAAUGGAAAUGCUACGGCUGGGAAUGCGGCGCUACUAGAUGCGCAGCAAACUGCAUAUGUGGAUGCUGCCAUCAAUAUUCCAUUUGUGGUUAAUUCAGACAAUGAUGGAAUAGUCUCCCACGAACUAGAGAAAAUGAGGAGCAUAUUGCAAGAGUCGAUGCUGGAAACGCGCACCAUGCCUCUCGAAAAUCGACCGCGACUUCCCCGCAUACCCCUUAGCAAGCGAAAUUGCUGUCGUGCGGGCUCUUAA